AUGCACAGCGAGGAGACCAUCGAGGCCCUUCGCAAGGCUGGCCUCCAUGAUGACGAAGCCGUUCCCGUUGAAGACUUUGUCGAAGAGCACUUUGCAGCCGACCUGAGGCGCAAGGCCCAAGCCAUUCCGCUCGCUGGUGGUGACUCGCUUCAGUUUGAAUUUAGCGCCGACCAAGAUGAUUAUGUCACGCUGCGAAGCAGCAUGACAUUUGAGACCUAUGGCGACGAGACCUUGCCAUUGGCCGAGCGCGAGGCUGAGCCCCGCAUUCGCCGCAACACCCUCACGCUUUCGGCGCUGGCCGAGCAGUAUGGUUUUGACCCUACACUCGUUCAGUGGGGCCAGGACGAUGCUCAACUCGAAGACGAUGACAUCAACCUAGAAAACCUGGAAAACGCGACCGACCUGCCAAAUUAUUUAAAGCGAGAAGCCAACGGCACCGUCCUUUUUUCUGUGGAUCACUUGCAAACCGUGAACCUUGACCAAAACCUCCCCGGUGGCGCACCACUGGCCCACGACGCCAUUGAUUUGCUUCGUCGCGAGGCCUCGUUUUGGACCCAGGCCGUGGAUUUGUGGUUCACACCCUCUGGCGUGCACUUUCGCGACGCGCUGUCACAGCGUGAUCUCAAGUCAUUUGAUAUCCGCAACGUUUUUCACGCCGCAGUCGCCAACGAUGAUAGCCUUGGCCUGCUCUUUGCCUUUGUGACACGUAUCAAUGAUUGUUGGGAGGGCCACGUCUUUCUUUGUGAUGAAGUCUUUCUGACCACCUUGGACGACGCCGACAAGCCCCAGCGCGUCCCGGCCAGUCGUGGACUGCAGGCUCGCGCCAUGUUCCAUCAGUUGACCCAUUUGCUUUCUCUGUACAAUCCCACUGCGUUGGCGGUCUCCCGGGAUAAGCGGCUCGUGCGUGGUCACAAUGCGUUGGCCCGCGUGGGUUAUAAGCCCCCGGUGGACUAUAACGAGAGUACCCUUGCUCGUCCAAAGCCGAAUGAUGUCAGCUUUGGGCAACUCGUCAACGGCUUGCUCAGCGACGUUCGCACCUUUACUAUCCGGAUACGCAUGCUCAUGAAUGAUGACAACGAGAACACCGCAGCUGUGGACCCUCCAGCACAGGGUCGUCGCAGCCGUCGCAACAGCAAGCAGAGCGACAUCUUUCCCCUUGAUGAUCGUCCCUUGAUUCGCGCUCUCGUUACCAUGUCGGCCUUUCCCGAGCUUCAGUUUGCUGAUGACGUCUUCAUCUCGCCGCGUGAUCUCGUGUUUGAGAUUGUGACGGCCCUCCGCGAUGUUGUGCAAAGUGAAGGAAGUUACACUCACGUGCGAAGCAUCGCCGAGCCAGGCAUGAGCAUCGCCGGUCUAAAGUUUUUGCUUUCGGUCUUGGAUGGCAAAGGUCAAGCAGCCGAUCGCCUUCGCUUUUGGCGAAGCCUCGGCAGCAACUGGAAUGCCGGCCGUGCUGAUAAGGACCUCUUUGUGCUCUACCAACCGCGUCACAGCCACGGUCAGCUUCGCGAGCAAUGGGAAGCCGAACAGGCCACCAUUGCUGAGACGUUUGUAGCCUCGACCGAUCUGCUCAACUCUAGUCAGCCGGUUGGCCUUUCCAACCUCGGCUCCGCCGUUGAAGAGGCCUUGCUGCCCGUACCUGAGCUGCCAUCGCUUCCACGCCCCGAUGGUGUGGAUGAUGGCUCUCUACACAUUGACCCCUCAAAGCUGCCACCCCCGCCAGCGUUGCCUUCCGCUCCCGGACCAGCGGUGCCGGCUCCGCCUGCACCACCCGGGGCUGGUGGCGCCCCGCCACCGCCACCCGCACCGCCCGCCCCUGGCGUGCCACCACCUCCACAGUUCUCUGCCAUUCCUCCGCCGCCUCCGGCGCCACCUGCUGGUAACGACUUUAAGAGUCAGCUCGCAGCACGGGCGCGUGCCAUUGACGGUGGUGCCACGGGGGCACCGCCACCGCCACCCCCACCGCCGGGUACAGGUGUGGCUGCUUCAUCGGCCAACGAAGCCCGUAAACCUGCCAGCGGAACAACCUUGCCCCCAGCUCGGACAGUGCGCGAGCUUUUGCAGCCGCCGGCUGCCCUGCCUCCAGCUCCCGGCAUGGACAGUGAUGAAUUUGACAUCUUUGUGGAAUGCGCUUACCCGCACGAUGCGGCAAACCAGAAGGAAUUGUCCAUCUAUGUUGGCGAGGUAUUGCGGGUGCUGGAUAACCGCAAAAAUUGGUGGCUGGUGUGCAACAGCAUUGAUCAAACUGGCUUUGUGCCCCGCAACUACCUCCUCGACGAAGAUGGCAUGCCCGUGGAAUAUUCUGACAUGCCGUUGGUGCGCAAUGGCCGUCUCAUGUACCCGCCAGAGCGACCGCAGGCGCCAGUGGCCCCCAGCGCACCUGCUGCAGCAGGUGGAGCACCACCACCCCCGCCACCUCCCGCCACCGGCGCACCGGCGGCACCCGCAGCUCCGCUGGAUCUAAAUGCGGCCAUUUUGGCCAAGGGUCAGCAGUUGAAGAAGGGUGAAGAAACGCCAGCGCCUGCUCCUCAGCUUGCGGAGACUGGUGACUCGGCCGGGCCGGGUGGUCUCAACUUGCACGAGCUGCGUCGGCGAGCCAAGAAUCGCCAGGGCAGCCGCGCCUCACUCAACAUUGAUGAAAUGUUGGCAGCGCGUCGUGGCCAAUGUUUGCCCAUGGAUGCCACCCCGCCCGAAGUGGUGGACUGGCUUACUGCCCAAGGUCUGGGCGAUGUGGCAGGCAAAUUUGCCCACGUGACUGGAGCUGAGCUUCUUCACAUGAACCGCCAGGCCAUUAAGAACAUGAGCAAUCUCGCAACCUCGACACGGGUAUACGCCAAGCUUGAGGCCAGUCGUGAAGCCGCGAACGUCCACCUGGCCCAAGGUGCCGCCUCGUGGAAUGCGCCUGCACCGCCAGCCGCUACCACUGGCGCUGCCACUGCCCAGCCGAGACCUGAGCAUAAGGGCGAGGAUAUGUUGCUCAAUCGUGCCCGUGACACCGAGCGCAUGGAACACAUCAAUGACGCACUGAAUCAAGUGCGAGACCAGGCCCGUCGGCGUCAGUCUGCCCAUGGUUGGGACCGACUCAAGGGAAAUAUGCGGCGUGCUUCGCAAAUUGAGAUGGCGGCACCGGCCGCAGAGCCGGAGAUCCCCGGCCUGGACGAUCCCAGCUUGCCUCAGUGGAAGCGUGACUUGUUAAUCAAACGCUUUCGCCAGCAACAGCAGCAACCAUCGACUACGUCCACGUCCACGGCGACCAGUUUACCACCGCCUCCAGCUGUGAGUCAACCUGGCGCGCCAGCAGCGGCAGUGGCCCCACCACCACCACCACCAGCGUGGAACCAGGCACCGCAGCGCCCCGCUGCCACGAUGGCGCCUCCUCCACCUGUCGCAGCCGGCGCACCACCGCCGCCCCCUCCACCUGUUGCGGCCGCCGCGCCACCACCGCCACCACCACCUGCAUUUGGUGGCGCCCCGCCGCCGCCGCCGCCGCCACCAGGUGCAGCCGGUGCGCCACCACCACCACCACCUCCAGCGGCUUCGGGUAACAAUUUAUUGUCAGCCCUGAAGAACCGAGCACCGUUGCGGGCUGCUCCAAGUCAGAGCUCGGGUGAUGGCGGCGCUCGCGACUCGUCGGGUGAUCUACUUCGCGAGCUUCAGCAGGGUAAGCAGCUGCGCAGCGUUCAACCUGGCUCAACAACUCGAGCCAGCGCAGGUGAGAGUGAUUUCUUGAGCGAGAUUCGGAGCGGCAUUCAGCUGAAGAAGACGUCCAGCAGCGUCGCCCUCGCGCCGCCCCCACCCGCCGAAACAAGCUUUUCCCGCGACAUUCAACAGGCUGCCUUGCAACCCGUGGAUAGCUAUCACAAAAUGGAUUACAAGCCACCGGCAGUGGCAGCGGCUCCUGCGCCGCCCCCAUCAACGACCACUGCCAAGGGUACAAGUGAGGGGCAAAUGCCGGCCCCAGGUUCAGGCGGGCGUCCAGUGGCACCGACACACGGACCCGAUGGGGAUCAGUUGCCUGACUGGAAGCGCAAGGUGCUUCAGAAGAAGCUGGACGACGAAUGGAGCGCGGCACAAGCGCAACAAGCCGAGGCACGAGCCAAAGAAGCCCGGUGGGAGGGUGUUCCCGCGUGGAAGCGUGCCGUUUUGGAGCGCAAGGAACGCGUUGCGGCUGGGCUCGAGGAGGCACCACCCACGGAGCGACCGAUGCCCGAUGCGCGCGGGCCACCUGCAGUGGCAUCGAGCAGCGCCGUGGCUCCACCACCACCAGUGGCUGUGCCGCCUGGUCGAGGACAGCCUCCACCACCCACCACCACAACGCCUGCUCGCACCCAACCCUACUACCAGCAGAUGCAGCAGUCUCAACAGCAGCGGUAUGCAGCGACCAGUAGUGCCGUGCCCAGUGCACAACCGCAGGCUGCAGCCACCACCCGAGCCCAGGCACCUACGGGGCAGGAUCAGCCGGUGCCCGAGGUUAUGGAUGAUGCUGAGCGUAUGCGCAAGCUAGAAAUGCUCAAUCAGCGGUUUGCUGCUCGCCGACAAACGGGGCCAGGUGCGGGUGCACCCCCGCCCGUUUCGAUGGCUGCGCCACCGGCGGUCGCCGUACCAGCUCCAGCACCAGCUGCGGCGUCUGCGCCGGCAGAAGACGAGACACCUCCGGCAUGGCGCGCGGCCAUUGAGCAGCGCAAGCAGGAAAAGAUUCAAAAGCAGUUGGAGGAGGAGCGCCAAAAGCGCGCGCUGGCCGAGAAGCGCUGGGAGGGUGUGCCGGCCUGGAAACGCGCGAUCAUUGAGAAGAAAGAAGCCGCGGAGCAAGAAGCGCAGGGCUUUCCACCACCACCCUAAUUUUAACAACUGCGACCAGGGUGCGGCGGAGUGCGGCUGAUGCGUGCAAGGCGUUCCCGUGUUGAUGACGAAACAUUUUAUGCGUUGUGGUAUGCUUAUUACAGAGGCGAAUCAAGGUCUCAAUUGAUUAUCAUAAUCAGG